AUGCCUUCCAGUACUGCAACUGCCUGGAUAUCGCCUUCGACGCGGACCAGUGUAAUAGAAAAUCUAGUCUCUGGAGUUGUCCUGAGCAGCACUGAAAUUCCAGACCGUUACAACCCAUCUAAUGUUGGGAUCUUGGAAGAUUACCUUUAUCAACAGAUCCGCAGUCAAGAGUACGACUGUUUAGCCAAUCUCGCCAUUUUAAAACUAUAUCAAUUCAACCCCGACCUUUACAAUCCUGAUGUUGUCGUAAACAUUCUACUAAAAGCACUUACCGCUGCACCAUUACCCGACUUCAGCCACUGUUUGUCUCUUUUCGAUGAACGGCCUCCUGCCCCCAAAUCAGAAGAUCCUCUCCCUGACCUGAUACCAUCUCUCAGCACUAUGCACACUCUUCUUAUCCAAUGCCGUUUCCCCGCUUUCUGGACGCUGUAUCACUCCGAGCAGCUUGAGCCGCUGCGAGAAAACUAUACUAUAGAAUACGUUGGCUUCGAAGAUGCUAUCAGAGAAGUCGUCGUCCGAGCUGUUAAGACGUCAUUCACGAAGAUAUCGUCCGAGAGGUUGGGUUCUUACUUGAACCUGCGAGGUGCGGAGCUGGAAGCAUUUGCUGAACAGCACGAGUGGACGUUUGACGCUUCUGCCGGAAUUUUCACCAUUCCUGCCAACCCAGACAAUGAAAUCGAGUCUAUAGUGGUCCAAGAGCAGAUCGAAUUGAAACAGCUGACAAAUAUUAUCGCGCACACUACCUUGAAGCGAUGA